AUGGCGCACGCUGAAGCGAUAGCAGCCUCGCCAGCCCAGUCAUCUCCUGCUCCAGCCGCAACCCCGACCGCUGACCUUGAGGAGAUUGUGUUGCCAUCGAACGUCGUUGAAAAACAAACGGGAGACAGAGCAUCCAUUCUACGCUACGUUCACCGCAUUGAAGACGUCAAUCGCAAAAUGUUUGGAGACUUGGCCAACUUAGUCGAAGAAGGCAUCAAAGUUUGCGAUGUGUCUGCCAUCAAAGACCAUCUCCAGGAGGAAGUCCGCCAUGGCCAGCAGAAGGUACUUCGUAUGAGAGAUAUCAAGGCCACCAGAGAAUUCGUUGGUGCAAACAUGCGCGCAAGCUGCACCCGAAGUACUUCGAAGCCUGAUGCUCAGCGUGAAUAUGAGCACGAGAUUGGGGCCACGGAUGACGACGAUGAGGCCACGGCCGACGAGCAUUCACAUCGUGGCGGGCUCGCAAACAUCUUGGUUGCCAUCAAUUCUCAGAAGCUCUCAGAUGUCGCUCGUGAGCAGGAGGCCACUGCUGAUAGUAUCGUCGCCGUCACUCACAACGAAAACACCAUCACGCCAGCCGAGUCUAGUUCACCCGAAGAGGCUCCUACUGCACCCUCUCCAGUGACUUAUGCACCUCCCAACAAGCGAGACCGUUCUGCCUCGGCGACGUCUGCCAACCAGUCCAACAAACGUGCCUGCUACCAGACGGUAUCAUAUCUACAGCCUCUUCAGCCAGCCGCUCCUACACCUCUCGUGAUGACUGAUCAGUAUAAUUUUCACGACCGUCCCCCGGGGAUGCAGGCGACCGACACCUUUCAUCACCACCUCGAGAUCCAUGUUCAAGACUUGCGUAAGCAACACGAGCGUCUCCUCGGCACCGUGGAGCUUCAACAGCAUCACAUCAACCACGAGCUGGAGCUGCACCAGCCCUGCCUCGAGGCAUAUCGAGCCGCACAAGGAUAUUCUCUCCAAGCCGAGGCCAAAGUCGAAAACCUCCGAACGGAGAGCGAAACCCUCAACAACUGUCUCAAGAAUCUCGCCGACUCGCAGAAACUCUGUAUGCCAUCCUCCGCCGAGAAUUUCCAGGCCGUAGAGCAACAGGUUUUGGCUCAGUUGGCCGCCAAAGCCAGCGCUCUUAAGGAAGCCGAGGCGGAACUUGGCGUGGCUCACUUGGCAUGCCAGCAGACAGAAGAGGCCGCGCGCCCUGCUCUGGAGUUCAUGAACAGAGAGACGCCCCAGAUCGAGGAGAAGAAGACAGUCGCUGAGAGACUCGGCAUGACUGUCAAAUACACUGAGUUCCUUCAACUUUUGGUCAGAACUAGUCCUUCGGCCAUUGCAACUCUUGACAAGUUACUCCAGGAGAAAGGUUCGUCACUCGAAGAACUUCGUGCGGUGAUUGAGCAGUAUGGACUGCUCGCCCGGGUGGAUGGUCAGCAGGCAGAUGUGCCCAUGGAUUGA